CCCAGACAGAACUCUGACGGCAGAGAUCUAUAGAGAAGAUGCGGAGAAGGAAAUGGAUAAAUAUUCUCUGAAUAAAAUAUAAAGAGAGCAGAUUUCAAGAAAGAAAUAGAAAAAACGAGGGGACGACAAUAGCAAAGACAACUCGUAUUUGCAAAGGAAGAAAGACAAACUGAAGGAAAAAAACUUGGCUUGUAAAUUCAACUUCCAUUUUACCUUCUGGACGCCUGCCUGAUAUUGUCCACUGCAUUUUGCCCCUAAUGUGGAUUGUUCCUGUUUUUUAAUUCUACUCCUGCUUUAUUGCGGUGUAUGACCAGUUCAUUCUACUAUACCCAUCCUGCCAGGUGACCCUGAUAUCAACUCCAGUUACUUCAUCUAAGGGCAGGAUGGCACACGCAGCUCUUCGCAUAUUACUGUUCCUUGUUGCUGUAACAGCAGCAGUACAAAGACAGUGUCCCAUUAAACUGACUUGUGUGAUAAGAAGGAGAGAGAUAUGUGCUCCCGGGAGCCAAGACUGUGGCCCCUGCAUGCCACAAUAUCAAGAGACACCAGCUGGGACCUGUGUAUUCAAAAGUCAAGGUGAUAGGUCAAAAUUCAUUGGGCCCGAUACAAUGAUCGAUCUUAUGCACAAUAUUCUUCACUCAGAGUCAAAGCUAAACAAAGGCCAACGUCUGAACUCAACAAACCCAGAAUCGUCUGCUAACUCAGCUGUUAUCACUGCGCCACCACGCUCCACCUCUCCAUCCCUCCCAUUGGUUCUCAAUAACUCUACCAGGGAAGGAGUCAGUGAGCAGCCUGAGACAACACCGUUCAAGGGUCUACACUGGAGAUCAAGUGGCAGAAAAUCUGACAUCAGCCAGACCUUCUCGCUAACGUUAAUCAUCAUCUGUACUCUGACGGGACUCUCUGGAAUAUUUGUAGCUGCUCUGUGUUGGUACAGGUUACAGAAGGAGGUGCAUUUGGCACAAAAGAUGGCAUACACGGCUUAUAAGGGAAGCCAGCAACAUUGCUGCCAAAGGGCGUCUAACGCUGUGCCUCAAUAUUCCCAAGAGUAUCAAAAUCAGAAGACGAUUCAAGGAAAAAGAGUAUCCGACAUUCAACAACAGCCUUCCACAGAUUCAGAAGCGGAGGUUGAAGAGUUCACAAUAUAUGAGUGUCCUGGAUUAGCGCCAACAGGCGAGAUGGAAAUCCACAAUCCAUUAUUUGACCCAUAGUGGACAAGUCUUGAUUUUGUGCUUGCUGAAAAAUCUGCUUCCUAUAUACCGCUAUAUAUACCUCUGUAUGUGACCUGUUGAACGGCGUAAAUUAAAGACAGAAAGUGGCUGUGUUGUUCUUUGUCCUCACGCAAGAAGAAAUCUUCAGA